AUCGCCACCAGAACGACUUUACGGGAUGCACCAGCAACAGCGACAGCAUCAUGAGAGCCAUGACCAGGAGGGUUCCAUCGCAACCUCAACUACAACUUCACCUUCGCAUCCCUCAUCCGGCUACGCUCAGGUGGUUGACUUUGAUGACAUCGAACUGGAGAAGGAGAACAUCCAGCCCAUCCGUCAGGGUCGGAGCGCCCAGGUCCUGAGUCGACUCUUCACGACCCAGCCCGAGGAUCGCGCUCACGAGCUGGCGCUUCAGCGUCAACGCUUCCAAGUUGAGCUCCAAGAAUUCGAUGAAAUGGACGAUCCCAUGGAUGUCUUUAUGCGAUACGUCAAGUGGACCAUCGAGAAUUAUCCACAGAGUGCUGCACAGGGACACGACUCCAGGCUAACACCUCUUUUGGAGCAAGCUAUCAGUUCAUUCCAGGACAAGGAGCGAUACCGGAACGAUCUGCGCUUCGUCAAGCUGUUUAUCUUGUAUUCCGAAAAGGUGGAGCUGCCUCUGGACGUCUUUCGCUUUAUGGAAACCAAUAGCAUUGGAUCGGAAUUAUCGGUCUUCUAUGAGGCAUAUGCCGAGUAUCUGGAGUCGAGGGACGAAUUCGAUAAGGCCAAGGACAUACUCUCGCUGGGCAUUCAUAGACGAGCUCAGCCAUCAAAGCGCCUGCAGAGACAACUCGAAGACUUUCAACAACGGGAGCAGCGGCGUCAGGAAGAACUUGAGAGAGAGACCUUGGAGUCCCUGUCAUCUGCUCAACCACUUCGCUCCGCAGACAUCCCCGCCACGACCACCAUCCACCGCAGAGUUUUGGGCGCCAAAUUAUCCAGCACAGAGUCACUUCCAGCCAAUGCCACUGCACAAGGACAUGUUCCAGUUGGAUAUGGAAGGCCGCCAUCGACUUCCUCACGGACAUCAACCACAUCCACUCAACAGCGACCUAACGCUCGACUGUCCGUCUUUGCAGAUUCCAAUGCAGCGUCACGCCCAACAGGAAGGCCUACAGGGCCCUCACAGCGAAGUUGUGUCUCGCAAGAAAACACCACAUGGCGAGAUCUCGGAGUGGAACAAGUUCGUCGGAAGGAGAAUGUCCAGGAGGUAACAGGCUGGAAAGGUACCAGGUUGACAGCUGAGGACUCCUUCGCAAGAAGGCCUCAUCCAAAGCUGGAGGUAUAUCGGGACCCGGAUAAUGAAGGCGAAAACUCAACGAAUGCGCCCCAGAACUCAAGGCCUUCUUCCACGGACAUGCACGAGACGACUGUAAGCUUGCAACAACCCGCGCAGCGUACUCAGUCUGAACAGCCUGUACAAUAUGAGCAGUCUGCACAACCUGCGCAACCUGAGAAACCAGUUCAACCUGCCCAGCUUCCUCGACUUACCCAAUCAUCACAACUUGUAAAACCUGCGCAGCCUGUGCAAUCUGUGGCGGUCCCAGGUCCUUCUAUACAGCAACAGCAGCAACAAUUUCCGAUCACUAUCAGCGAGCGCGGACAGCGGGAGCGUCGUAUGAUAAGACUAGACCAGAUUUAUGACGGCGGGCAAGAGUUCACCAUUGAAGAGAUUAGGGCCAGACAGACACGGUAUCAGAUUAAGAACGCGGAGAAUUUGAACUCACGAUCUCAACCAGCUGCCUAUAUCGAACAUUCUGGUCGCGAAUACAGAAAUCAGGAGGAACCUGAGCGGGGCGGAGACGAGACAGCUGAAACGCAACUCAAGCAAAUGUCCCACAACACUUGCGCGGCCUUGAACCAACAACGACCUGCGGCUCCAAUCAAGCCGCUGCUUCCAGCAAGUCCUAGUGAGGAAGAGCGACGAGUAUUCGAAUCAAGAAGACGUAUGACACCUUCGUCCCCGACCAUUCAUACCAAAUACGCCUCAGCCGAGAUGAACAAGAUCUUUAGCGACCGCUCACGCUCUCAAAGAAGCAUAGACUCGGAAUGGAGUACUGAGGGCAGUCAGAGUGAAUAUGAAGGCGACUUCGUAAACUCUGUAAAGUCCUUUCCAAUUCUGGAUAUCCCACUCGAGAUGCCAGCUUCGACCCGGGCGUACCUUGAAGACGAUGUUUACGACGAAUCCGAAGAAGAUGAUGACGACGGCCGAAAGGGCCAGACGGAUAUUUUCCUCAAGAAACUGGAGCGAGGCUACGAAUCAACUAUCACGCGAGACAUCGAGGCUCUCAAAAGAAAGCGUGCGGAAGAGAUGGGCGCCGACAUAACGGCGCAGCUUGGGCGUGGUGGAAACAGACUGUCAUUGAGAGCCAACAAGAGGACCUCCUCGCGAUUUGAUCCGAACGGAACUCAGGACUAUUCUAAUAUUACCAUGGUCAUUCGACAUAGGUCCCAGCAGAUGCAACAGCUGCCACACCAGAAUCAACAGGCACAUCACGAUUUGGACAGGUUGGAUUCAACAAACAAAGGACAUACUCCUGGCGGGUAUCAGGCGAAGUCGAUCUCCAGCGUUGGUCGCUUGAGCAGCGGUAGCACGAGCGGUAUCAGAAGCAGCAGCGGUAUCACGAUCGCACAGGGUCAGAAGAGUCGGCAUAUGAUCCAUGCUGGGGGUCCGGCUGUUUCGUCCAGGGAUCGACCAAGAGCCUUUGAAGUGUUUCGGGACGAAGCUACGACCUUGGACGUCGACAGUGUCCCAAUGUUGGAGGAUGAGGCCCCACCACCAUAUCUCGACCACGAAGAGCCAUUGUGAAUAGCAACGAUUUAUUCCAGAUGUAAUUUAUAUUGUAGAAUAAUGUGUAUUAGUAUCCCCUGCACCAACCAGUUGAUGUCAGCGAGACAUGAACAUGGAUGAGCAUCUGCCAACAUGCUACCUCACAUGCAUGGCGCCCUCCUCACAGUCACCUUCGAUGAUGUGCCUUUUUCGUAGUAUCGCAUCGUUCAAUUGCAUCCAAAAUCCAUAGAGCAGGCUGGAGCAUUGUUGAUUAACAACGGCCACUUAAGUCCUAUUUUGCGACUUAAAUUGGAGGAGC